UACAAGUUCCUUGUCAGAUUUUUAAAUAUUUUCAAAUUCAUGAUUUUCAAGUAUUUUCUUCCAUUCUGUGGGUUGCGUUUUUACUUCCUUGAUGAUAUCCUUUGAAGCACAGUUAGUUUUGAUGAAAUCCAAUUUAUUUUUUUCUCUCAUAGGCAAAAUUUUCACAAGCAUUCAAUGGCAUUAUAAUUCCUUUUUGUUGACUCUUUCCAUAUUUUAUAAUUUUUCCCCUCAAAAUACUCUGGCCUUAAUGGAUAUUAACAACAUAUUGUUUUAUCAAGCUUCUUAUAAAUGUUUGUCAGGUAUUGUUAGGUAUUCUAGCAUCCAGAUGUUUCUAAUAAUAAAACAUUGAGGAAAACCUUGUGAAAAAAUUCCUAUUACAAUGCUAUAUGUCCAAUUAAAUGCUUUCAUUGGGAAUAUAAUUUGGCAUGUAUGGUCUGGAUUUCCAGGGCUCAAGUGUAGGAAGUUGAAACGGGUUAGGAAAAAGAGAAACCUCAUAGAUUGCCAUUUUCCAUAAUGUCCUUCAUAAAUAAUAUCCUUAUCAGCAUCUCCUCCUCUCUUUCUCAGCCUAUAGGAAUUGUUUUCAUUCUGAGGUACUGAAUAUGAGCACUGAGAUAACCAGUAAAGUAUUUUAAUACAGUGAUGUAGCUUUAUUACAGGGGUGGUUGCUAUUGUUAUAACGUAAAAAGGCUUGUAGAAACUUUAUUUGAUGUAAACUUUGUUAAUAAUAGCUUAUACUUACUUAGUACUUAAUAUGUGCCAGAUGCAAGUACUUUAUAUAUAUUAUCUGAAUGACUGUUUCACAAGAACUCUUUGAGGUAAGUAAUAUAAUUUUCUCCAUUUUUCUAUGUGAGGAAACAGGUAUAGAGCAGUAACUUCUUCAUGGUUUCACAUUUAAUAAGUUGUGAAGGUCAGAUUCAUCUUCAGACAGCUUGAUUUCAGAGUCAAGUUUUAAAUCAUAACCUCUGUACUGACAGCUUUAAACCUGCCACACUCACCAUAGUAAAGGAUAACCCCAAGGGUUGAGCAGUGUCUCUUCUUGCCUCUAUGUGCCCUGUACUUUUCAGGAAAUCAUCUCCUAUUCAUUGAAUAGCUUGUACCUGUGUGCCUCCUGAAUGAGGAGGAAGAGUCUGACCUGCUGCAAUGUUCCUGACUCUUUAAUUAUCAUAUAUUUCAGAUCUCAGUGGGAAGUGGAGAAGCAUAAUCUGGAAAGCACGAUUAAAACGUACUUAAACAAACUGAAUGCAGAAACUAGCAGGGCUUUAACAGCUGAGGUAUAUUUCCUACAGUGUCGUAGAGAUUUUGGUUUGCUGCACCUAGAGCAGACUGAAAAGGAAUGCCUCGGCCAGCUCGCCAGGGCGACUCACAGGGCAGCAAGCAACCUAAAAUCACGUCAGUUAAAGGCUGCUGUAGACAGUUGGAAUGCCAUUGUGACAGAUGUUAGAAACAAGAUUGCAUUCCUCAGGACACAAUACAAUGAACAAAUUAGCAAGGUGAAGCAAGGGUUUGCCUUGAGUACAUUGCCUCCAAUCCAGCUUCCUCCACCACCUCCCAGUCCUGAGAUACUGAUGCAGCAGUUCUUGGGAAGACCCAUUGUGAAAGAAUCUUUCUUUAGACCCAUACUCACUGUUCCUCAAAUGCCUGCCGUUUGUUCUGGAAUCGUCUCUGCAUCUGGUCAAUCUAGAUCUCCCUUGAUGACUCGCAUAGCCUGGACACUGCCAGCUCCUGUGGCAGAAGCUGUGCCCCCCAGUGCAAGUCUAGGACGUGACCCCCUCGUGAUGGAUUGGGAGAAGGUUACAGAGAGGCUGAAAACCGCCUUUCCACAGCAGACCAGAAAGGAGCUUACAGAUUUCGUACGGAAAUUGAAGGAUACUCAUGGGAAGUCCUUAUCUGGACUGACAUUUGAUGAAAUUGUUCACAAGAUUUCCCAAUUUAUUGACCCCAAGAGAUCUCAGAGUCAGGAAAAAUCAGCACCAAAUGGUAAUCGUGUUCCACCUAGCCAUACUGCACCACAGGCUAAUGCUGCCCAGCCCUCGAAACCAACCCCAAGGUCCCUUGGUUCGCAGGGCUCUGUGACACAGGGAGGAGCCAAUCGCUUGGAUGAAGAGGAAGAAGAGCCUUGCGUGAUCUGUCAUGAGACUCUCUCUCCAGAUAACCUCUCAGUUUUGCCUUGUGCACAUAAAUUCCAUGCUCAGUGCAUUAGACCUUGGUUGAUGCAACAGGGGACAUGCCCAACCUGCAGACUCCAUGUUUUGCUACCAGAAGAAUUUUCAGGUCACCCCAGCCGGCACUUGCCCAAGAUCUGAUUCAGCAGGGUGACUAUGCAAAGGAAGUUCAAUUUUCAGACUCCAGAAUUUAGUUUUCCAUUUAUUUGAGCUGAUAGUGUGAGUGAUAUGAAGCACUAUGUUCUUCAGUAUUAUUCCAAAUAAGCUGGUUAAUCUCAUCAAAGCUGCAGCCAAAGAGGAGAGGACAAAUCUUCAGGACUGUGAACUGAACUGAAAAGGUUUAAAGAAGAUAAAAUUUUGAAAGUUACAUUAGAUUUGCCCUUAUUUUAGUAAAUAUUUUCUUCCAACUUAAACGUGAUUACUGUUAACAUGUAUCUUAGAAUGUCUUCUCUUUUCCUUAUUCCUCUCAUCCUUUACUUUCUCCUGAAUAUGCUAUACUUUAAUUUCCUGAGCUAAAUGUAAACAAGAGUAAGAAGAUUCCUCAGAUUUUAGUGUUCUUUUUAACUUUUAAAAUUACUUAUGAAAUAUAUGGUAUUUAUUUAUAUUUUAUCUCUAUCUUCCCCAUUCUUUCCUAUUCUCUAAAAUAUGUACCUGUGAAUAGAUAUGGGCUACUUGAGGGUGAGGACCAACCACUGAUGUCUUGGAGCUGGCUUAUAUACUGUACUGGUUUGUGAGAGAUGAUUCCUAGUUUCAGGAAUUUUGUGAAACAGUUAUUCAAACUGUUGUUAGCUUGAAAUCUGGUAUAGUGGGAGUAUUUUACACCACAGAAAUUGGUGAAUGCUAUAGAUAAGGGCUUUUUUUUCCUUCCCCAAGAGCUGGUUAUUAAUGCUUUACCAGCAUACCACUGGGGCUGUGCCUGAUGGUUCUGACUGCUCUCAAUGUCUUGCUCAGUAGAUACACCAUAAAUAGCGCCCCAAAUCAGAAAUCAGGAAGCAGUAAGAAAAAUAGUAUGCAAAUUAAAUCACUUACUCAUUUGAAUAACUAUUUGUAAACAUGCUCAUUGGACUUUAAUCAUUUAUGCUUUGGAGGAGUUUUUUUUUCCAGCCUUAAAAGUUUCUAAUUUCACUUUCUCAUGCAUGGGUGGUGUCCUGUUUGUGUGUAGUCUCUUAUGACAGAGUUGACACCCACUGAGUUAAGUGGCACAUUUAAAGCUUGUCACUGAGAACUUUCAUUCUUAGAGGUCAAAAAUCUAUUUUGAAAUUAGUACUGUGUAAAUGUUGUGUUGUACAUGUCUCUAGCUACAAAAUUAUUAAUAAAAGAAUUCAGUUACCUGGUAAGAGAAAUGUUACUUUGUUCAUAUUAUUUUCCAUAAAUUAACGAAAUUCAUUCUGUGAGUAAGUGUUUCCUGACUCAGCAACUAUUUUACCUGUAUAUUUCACUGUAAAUGUAUCUUGAAGUUGUUUUAAAUCUCUACUUAAAAUUACUAUUUCUGAAAUUGUAUGCUGUUUUCUUCUCUAAUGAGAAUAGACUGGAAAAUGUGGAAGGAAAUACCCCAAAGUGAAGGCAGUCAUCUAGACUUGUUAAGUGCCAAAAAAGUCUUAGAAUUAUACAAUUUAGAACUUACAGGACCUUUAAUAAUUAUCCCAUCUAACACCUCAAGGUCAUGGUCAUAUAGCAGAUUACCUUGUAAAACAUUUUUUAGUGUAUGUUUACAAUUGUAUACACACUUUCAUGUGGGAAAGAAUAAAUGUUUCUUAAUUGAA